AUGGCAAACCGAACCGAAGAGAAGGAUCUCGCCAUCAACUAUCUCGAGCAAGUUGAGACUACUGACGAUGCAGCAUCUGACAAGAUCAACGAUGCACGCAUUGAAGCCUUCACACCAGAAGAACAGAAGAAGAUUAUCUGGAGAAUCGACCGUCGUUUGGUCUUGACUCUUGGUUUCCUCUACUGUGUCAGUCUGAUGGACCGUACCAACACUGGUAUCGCUGUUGUAGCAGGCAUGGGUGUCGACCUUCUUCUCAUCAAGGACCGAUACUCGAUCAUCGUUCUCGUCUUCUUUAUUCCUUAUAUUUUCUUCCAACCUCCGGCCACCGUCAUCCUUCGCAAGGUUGGCCCCCGCGCCUUNUUGCCUACAAUUACCCUUUUCUGGGGCAUUACCAUGAUUGGAAUGGCUUUUGUCAAGACCUGGACGACACUGAUCCCUCUUCGCAUUCUGUUGGGUAUCUUUGAGGCUGGCUUCUUCCCCGGCUGUGCUUACCUCUUGUCUACCUGGUAUCCCAGAUACAUGCUUCAGAAGCGCAAUGCCGUCUUCUAUUUGAUUGGCUCGCUCUCAUCUGCCUUCUCUGGUAUUCUUGCCUAUGGGUUCAGCCAAAUGGCAGGCUUGGGAUCUGGAGACGGUCUUGGUGCUCACUACGGACCCGACAAGCUUCACCCCACCCGACUUAUCACCUGCAUCCUCGCUCUCGGUGCCUACUUUACCAUCGUCAACUUCCCCGAGAAGGCUGCCCACGUCUCUUUCGGACCUAAGUUCUUGACUCAGAAGGAGGUAGACUUUGUCGUCGCAACUAUCGAGAAGGAUCGUCAUGACGCUACCCUCGAAGAGUUCAAAGUUGGCCAAUAUCUCAAGUGCGCCGCCGAUCUCAAAGUUUGGGCCUUUGCAGCCCUGUUUGGCCUCUCUACUACGGUCACUUACGCCAUAGCCUACUUCCUUCCAAUCAUUCUUGAAGUGGGCAUGGGAUUCAACAAGAGAGAUGCGCAAUGCCUGAUUGCACCUCCCUAUGUCCUUGCCGCCAUGGUGACCUUUGGCUUUGCUUGGUUCGCCGACAAGUACCGCAUUCGCUCCCCCUUCAUCAUCGCCAACGCCUGCCUCAUGAUCAUCGGCUUGUCCUGCUUGGGUUUUGCAAAGUCCGUCGCUGUCCGCUACUUCGGUGUCUUCCUCGCUACUGCUGGCUGUAAUGCCAACGUUCCUGCAGUUUUGACCUGGCAAGCCAACAACAUCCGCGGACAGUGGAAGCGCGCACUUACCUCUGCCACUCUCGUCGGUGCCGGAGGGAUUGGAGGAAUUAUUGGGUCCACUGUAUUCAGGAAGCAGGACCAAGCCACAGGAUACAAGCCUGGUAUGUAUGCCACCCUCGGUGCUAGCGUGUUGAUUAUCCUCAUCUCUUUGUUGCUGGACGUCAAGUUCCACCGCGCCAACAAGAGAGCCGCUUCCGGCGGCAAGAUCAUUGAGGGCCUGCAUGGAUUCAGAUAUACUCUGUAG